AUGGCUCAAGGAUACCAUCGGCCCGGAUACUCGACCGGUUCUCCUGCGACUACUCUUCCUCCGUUACAGCGUACUCGCGAUUAUACCCAUGGUCCCAACGGGACUGGAAGCUCGAGGGGAUACUUCGACCCGCCAUCUCCAUCGGCCACCCCGAUUCUGCCUUCCCAAAUGGUGCCUGACGGUGAUCGAUAUGGCUCCAUGACUGGCCCGGUGGCCUUUGACCCUUCCGGGUCAAGUAAUGGAACUCCGCGAUGA